AUGAAAUCCGCAACAUCGGAUGGCACUGCCUUUGAGCAUUGAUGUGCAGUGUGGGUGUGUCAGGUAACAUUCGAUCCGGUAUCGGGAAUGUCGGGAAUGCCUAGCUUGACUGAAUCGGCUUGGGCCCUUGAGCUAGCAUCCUUCCAAUUCACCAUCUCAAUACACUAUAGGUAGACCACAUCGUUCAAAAAAGGGAGGAGUAGAGAUGCGGACAACAGUAGCAUGUGAGCGGUGUAGGAGAUCCAAAGUGAAAUGCCACCAUAACGGUGAAUCACCCUGUCGUGGAUGUCUAAGGAGCGGCAACUCGGAAGCCUGUGUUCUCACGCCGACCGCCGUCACCAUCUCUACCCCGAGAAAGAGGACGUCUUCACAGACAUCCCCGAACAUCAGGCCAGCGGCCAAGAAGCGCAGUGCGCCGACUAAUGUGGCACCUACGAGCGACGAGCUCGCUAGUCACUUUGCAGGGAUAGACGCUAGCAUCUUCGCACAGGCUUUCGCUAUCAUCCGUGUGCAAUUUCCCGAAUGCGGGUUUCUUCAUCCAUCUGACCUAGAGCGUGUCGCUGGCGAUGUAUCCGACGAUGACAAGCUGAGGCUCAUCGCCAUCCUCGCCGUCAGCUGCAGGUAUCUCGGGGAGACUGUUGACCAGCAUCGAGCCGACCAUGUUGCGCUGCUAACUCGGGAGCUACAAUGUCGUAUCACCGCCCCGCCGAGCCUGAGUCUGAUUCAGUGCUUUCUCAUCAUGGCGGUCUACGAAUGGGGUGAGGGUAUAGGAUACAGUGCUUGGAUGUAUGCGGGAAUCGCCGCUAGGAUGGCGCAGGUUUACCGAGCUACAAAGACCAGUGAGCGAGACUCGAGGCCAACAGCUAAUAGCAACGGCCCUGUCUUGUCUGAAGUGGAGAUCAGGACCAUGUGGACGUACUUUGCCAUAGACAAACUGCUCAGUUGUGGCAAACAACGGCCGGCCAUGAUGAAGCCUGAGGAUAUCGAGGUCCGUAUGCCGCAGAGUGAGGAGAAUUUCGUUUUUGGGAUAGAACCGGAAGAGUCACUCAGCUAUGAGGAUCUUAUGAGAGAUAGCUCCCUUCGUAAAAGGACUUCUAGCGCCGGAUAUCAUUUUUGCAUUCUUGUGAGAGGUCUCGACAUAUGGCAUAAGAUCCAUAGUUGGAUAGUUGACGGAGGCAGGAAGCAACCGCGAAUGACACAACCGGAGAAUUGUCCGUGGAACCCGACUUCACGGUGGGCAAAGAUAAGGAAGCAGUUGCUGGCAUGGAGAGAGGACCAAGAUCCGAGACUGAUGUAUCCGCAAACGAAAGUAGCGAUUCACGUCCAUUUCAGACAAGGGGAAGUUUUUGCUUACAUCAAUUUGCUCUAUUACCUUUGUGUCAUCUUUAUGCGCCGGGAAUACAUAGGCCUUCUACCCAUCGGCCAACGAGAGCCAAAGGGACCUAUCGACCCCCCAUUCUACUCAGAAGAGGCACCGCCAGGGUGGUGGCGCGAGAAUACCGACGAGCUCUUCGGAGCGGCGGCGCAGAUAUCAUACAUAAUGCGGGACCUAAACAGCCUUGAUAUUCAACUUCACACACCCUUUACUGGCCUCUGCGUGUUCACCGCCGCGUUGAUGAACCGCUACGUCGUGACAUUUCCUCACAUGCAUUAUCCCGAGGAGCGAGAGCUGCGAGGACAACUAGCCGAGGAGAACCUAGCGGACCUCGAAAAAAUCGCAAAGCUAUGGAAAUUAGGGGAGGAAUGGGUACAGGUCAUCGGCGCGGCUCAAAAUCUCUAUGACAGGCUCAUGAGCAAUUGCGCGCAAUCCAUCAGUUCGUGCCGCUGCGACUAUCCCGAGCUAGAAAAGUCUGUCUACUUUGCGCCUAUCGGCGGCCUGUACAGCGACAAGCGCGAUAAGCGCGACGAUGCGCGACGACGUCCAGGCACGCGGCUCCAAGCGCUCGAGGCCUCCCUAGUCCCCUUGUGCGCGUGCUCGUUGACGAAGGGCCGGGAAACGGAACCGUCGCAGGAACAGCGGGGGGAGCAGCAGCAGCAGUCGUCAGAUCAACAGCCUGCGCUGGACACCUUUGCGUGGCCGGACGCGGGCAUCACUGGCGACGAUUGGCGCCUCUGGUCGUUCUGGGAUGACCCUCAUCUUCUGUCUUGGGACCCUUCCGCUAUAGGACUCUGAAACGACAGGGUGCUUC